UUAAAGUUUCCGAGGCUUGGAGAAACACAAUGACUUGGAUCAAACAGCCUAAAUGGGAAGAAGGGUAUUUCUGCCGCAUCGAGGAAGCCGUUAAACUCCUGCUAAAAGAAUUCUUUUUUAUGCCUCCAUACACACGACCGACCUCCUUCCUCUAUGCCUGACCAGAAAUUACUUCUGACAAUCCAGGAUACUCCGAAAGCUUGGAGACAUAUGGCUGGAAAAUGAAACGACCCUGGAGUGUGGCCACAUCAUUAUUUUGUGUCGCAUGGUACCAGAUGGGCACUUGGUGAACGGAGCUGGGAUGUGAAUGGACAGUUUUAUAAUGUGAAUUUUUCCCCCCAUAAAGCUAAAACAUAUUUCAUUUCCCUCUCUUUCGGUCUAUAGUACUUGCAAUAUCACCCUCUCUGCAGUAUCCAUUAACUAAACUUUGCAGUGGGGUGGCCAAAAAGGAAGAGGAUGAAGAGGGCCCUAUAAUCUUAGUUAAGUGUCGGGGGAGUCGCAGCGCCCCGGGAACUGCGGCUGCGACCCGCCGCGUCCUGUGCGGAUUUCAGGCUUGAUACCGACCGAGCAGGCCAGGUGGUUAUGGAGCGGACGGUGCCCUGGACCUGCCGAGGAUAGAGACCUCGUCUCGGGAGGGUUGCGCUGAUCUCGAAGCAGCCUUGGAGGCCACGCCGCCUCUCAUCCACAGCAUUUUAUUACCAUUUUCAUCAUUCUUGAAAAGUCAUGGAAGACGGCCCACUGCCCGACCUCAGAGACAUCGAGCUGAAGCUGGGGCGCAAAGUACCCGAGAGCCUAGUGCGCUCGCUCCGUGGGGAGGAGCCGGUUCCCCAGGAAAGAGACAGAGACCCCUGCGGGGGGAGCGGUGGCGGGGGCGGUGGCGGAGGCUGCAGCAGCAGCAGCAGCAGCAGCUGCAGUUUCCCUCAAUCCUUGUCAUCCUCCUCUUCGUCCUCCCCAACCUCUGGCUCCCCACGAGGUAGCCACUCCAGCACCCUGGAGAGGCUGGAAGCCAAGCUUCACCUCCUCAGGCAAGAGAUGGUUAACCUCAGAGCCACAGACGUCAGGCUCAUGCGCCAGCUUCUCCUCAUCAAUGAGAACAUUGAGUCCAUCAAGUGGAUGAUCGAGGAGAAAGCCACCAUCACCAGCCGAGGCAGCAGCCUCAGCGGCAGCCUGUGCAGUCUGCUGGAGAGCCAGAGCGCCUCCUUACGCGGCAGCUGCAACAGCCUGCACGACGGCAGUGAUGGGCUGGACGGCAUCUCCGUGGGCAGCUACCUGGACACCCUGGCAGACGAUGUCCCAGGCCACCAGACCCCAUCGGACUUGGACCAGUUCAGUGACAACUCAGCCAUCGAGGACUCACAGGCACGGCACAAGCGUCCCAAAUUGGAUGCUGAGUACUACUGCUUUGGCUAAUGACCCGGUGCUUUGCAUGGGGUUGGUGUGCAAUCAGCUUGUAUUUAUCCUCUUCCGCUGCUAUAUUUUUGGUGUGAUUUUUUUUAUGACAACCUUUUAAAAAAAAGCUUAUUUUGAACUGCUUGAUGAUAUUUCUGUUGCUCCUGAUAUUUCUCCUCUCGACUGAUUUAUCUUUGCCUCUUCCACCUCUGUUUUUAUUUAUUACAGUGAUUUUUCUCCCUCCUUUCAGAAUGGCACACAUAAAGCAGGGGGGAAAGAAUAAGCAAUAAUUGUGUAUUUCCUUUUGUUUUCAGAGCAGGGGUUCAGGGAUUAUGAGAAAAACUUUGCUAAAUUUUACAAUAAACCAAAGUCUGAUAAUAGU